AUGGACGACUGGGCCCCGCCCGCCUCCGUGAAGGAGCUGCCCGUCUGCGACGCGCCCUUCGAGGCGCUGUUCGAGGAGGGGCGGAGCGCCCUGCCGCUGGCGCUCGUGCCGGCCGAGGCGCCGCUGCCGGCGCCGACCGUCGUGCAGUUGCUCGCGCGGCCCAUGCCGCGGGAGGCGCGGGCGCCGCCUUCGAACUUCAAGAUCCUAACGCCGGUGCCCGCGCCCGCCUGCGGUUCGGAGCGCCCCAGCUCCGCCGCGGGGACGGAGCCGCUGUCGUCCAAGGGGGCGCCCUCCAAGGCGGCCAAGGCGCCGACGAGGAGCGGCGCCGCCGAGGAGGUGCCCGACCGGCGGAGCUCCCAGGAGGCCCAGGAGGAACCGACGGAGACGUUGGUGCCCGACAUCACGCGGUGGAUAAUUGAGCCGAUGUGCGAACAGCGGCUGUUCGUGCACUUCGCUUCUGAGGAGGUAGGGGUCUACGAAACCACGCUGCACUUCGAGAUGGUUGGCGCGGAGGAGGAGCGCCCAGAGAUCCCUUGUGAGCGCCUGGAGUUUUGA